AUGUCGGUAUAUCCGCCAACACCGACCAUCUCCAUGAUGCACGCUGGAGCAGAUAGGAAAAAGGCAAAACGGCCACCUAACGUCGGAUCAAGAGAACUGAAUUCUCAAGAAAACGAAAUGCUCUUCCAAUUAGUAGGGUCUGAUGCGGUUUCUCUGACUGCUGCAGUCGUACAACUAUUGAAAUCAGACAGAGGAUCGUGGAGAAUCGAAUUGCAACACGGAGUGGUUUCUCUUGUCAAAGAUUAUGCACAGAGAGCAUAUUUUCUUCGAAUAUUUGAUAUUCUCGACGAAAGAGUUGUUUGGGAUUUCAAACUGUACAAAGCGUUUCGAGUACAAUCUUUUCCUCAGUGUCGAAAAUUAUUGGCUUUUGAACAGAUGGAAAACGGAGAGGACGGAGUGAUUCUUGGAUUGAAUUUUUUCAGUGAAUAUGAAGCAGCGGAAUUCAAAGAACAUCUGGAUCGUCGUCACGCACAAGAGCGGAAAUCGAGUACUCCAGUACGUCCCGGAAUGCCUAUGGUGAUGUCUUCUUCUUCAGGUUAG